AUGUCGUGCCCCACUACUCUUGCUGAUGUUGCCGAGUUGAACCAGUGGUGGUCAUCAUCCCGCUGGAAGGCAACGUGUAGACCUUACACUGCUGAGGACGUCGCUCGUCUACGUGGCAAUAAGGAUGUCCGGUCGACCUAUCCAUCUAACGCCAUGGCAAAGAAGCUUUGGUCGUUACUAACGGAGGCAAGGGAUAGAGGCACCUUCAUCAAAAGUCUCGGGGUGCUGGAUCCUGUGCAGGCCAUACAAGCAUCCAAGUACCUCGAUGCUCUCUAUAUAUCUGGUUGGCAGUGUGCGACGACAUGUUCUUCAAACACGGAACCAGGACCAGAUUUCGGAGAUUACCCCUCUAAUACUGUUCCUGACAAGGUGGAGCAGAUCUUCAGGGCUCAGUGUUUUCACGACAAGAGCCAAACACUCCAGCAGUCCAAUCGUAACGGGUUUGAUGCUCAACAUCAGACAGACUUUCUAGCACCACUUAUUGCUGAUGGAGAUAGUGGUCAUGGUGGUAUUACUGCCGUUAUGCGGUUGACUAAGAUGAUGAUCGAGAAGGGAGCUGCAGGCAUACAUCUAGAAGACCAGAAGGCAUCCACGAAGAAAUGUGGCCAUUUGGGUGGUAAGGUUCUAGUUUCUACCAGGGAACACGUAGAGAGGCUCGUUGCGGCCCGGUUGACGGCCGAUAUUCUUGGUACGGAUACCAUCAUCAUAGCGAGGACUGAUGCCGAGAUAGCCACCCUUCUCGACAAUAACGUCGACGACCGCGACCAUCCCUUCAUUUUGGGAGCCACAAAUCCACAAAUCACAAAUGACCUACCCAUGAGAUACAUUGUCGAUAAUGCUAUCAGAAAUGGCCGUUCUGAUGAAAUACCAACGCUCGAGGCGGAAUGGAUUGACAAGGCGCAUCUGUGCACCUUCCCUGAGCUUAUCUCGAUGAAGUUGAGGGAGAUGGGGAAGCCUACUGAGGUAUGGGAUGAGAUUUGUUUGUCGAUGGGCAUACGUGAGAUGAGGUCGGAAGCUAGGAAUUUGCUCGGUGAUGAUCUGCCCUACUGGUGUUGGGAUGCUCCUCGUACUCGAGAGGGUUUCUACCGCAUACAAGGUGGUACGAAGAUGUGUAUAAGUCGUAGUCGUUCAUUUGCUCCGUACGCCGAUAUGACGUGGAUGGAAGCCAAGAGACCAGACUAUGCUCAGGCCAAGGAGUUCACCAUGGGCGUCAGGAAGAUCCACAGCACUGCGAUGUUCGCCUAUAACGUAUUUCCGAGUCUAUUCUGGGAUAAGAUGGGUAUGUCUGAUGCUGAGAUCCGCGACUUCCAGACCAAGAUAGGUAAACUCGGAUUCGUUUUUCAGUUCAUCCCACUGGCGGGUUUCCACGUGUCGGGUCUGCACAUGGAUCUAUUGGCCAGAAGUUAUCGUGAGGAUGAUAUGUUGGCUUAUAUGAGAGAGGUCCAGAGGGUUGAGAGGGAUAAUGGCAUCGAAUUACUAGCCCACCAGAAGUGGUCCGGUGCAGACUACGUCGACACUGCUGUAUCAAUCGUCACUAGUGGCUCAUCUGCUACCACCACUACUUCUCGUCUCGCUGGGAUUUUCACGGAGCGUGAUCUAGAGGAAAAUGCCGCCGCUUAG